UCACUUCUAAGUUACAAUCAAAGCGUCAUUAUGGAACGUUGGUCAAAUCGUGUCGCGGUAGUUACCGGAGCCAGUAGUGGAAUUGGAGAAGCAAUUGCCAAGGACUUAGUCACAGCAGGUCUUCGAGUUGUUGCAUUAGGACGUCGACAAGAACGUCUCGAUAAAAAUCGCUCCAAACUCUCAGCUGAUCUGCAGAAACGUUACUUCCCUCGAAAAUGUGAUGUUUCCAAUGAGGAAGAUGUUAAACAAACUUUCGAAUGGAUCGAGAAAACCCUUGGCGGUACGGAUAUUCUGGUCAAUAAUGCUGGAAUAGUUCGUCCGGGUAAUCUUGUCGACAUGGAUAGCACAUUUUUAGAUGAAGUUAUCAGUACAAAUAUCAAGGGAUUGGUCUAUUGCACCCAAGCUGCCUUCAGGAGUAUGAAGGGGAGAAAUUUCAAUGGUCAUAUUGUUCAUAUAAAUAGUAUUGCUGGACACAGUGUUCCCUACACCGAACCUGGUAGCAGUUUCAAUAUUUAUCCACCGACAAAAUUCGCAGUGACUGCUAUCAAUGAAACCCUUCGACGGGAAUUCAAUGAUUUUGGGACAAAGAUCAAGACAACAAGUGUCAGUCCGGGACUUGUUAGGACGGAAAUUCUUCCUGAGGAAACACUUGACGCCGUUGGCAUUUCCUUGAAUCCAGAAGAUAUAUCUCAAGCUGUGAUGUUCGCGAUAUCAACUCCACCGCAUGUACAGAUUCAUGAAAUCACAGUGAAACCAGUUGGAGAGAAGUUCUAAUGAAAAUAAUUACUGACCUUUGUAAAGAAUACUAAAAACUGGAUUUUGUAUUAAUUUAGAAAAUAAAAUGUGAUUAAAUGUU